AUGAAGCGAGACUAUGCGUUCAUUGAAUUUAGCGAUAACAGGGACGCGGAAGACGCGGCGCAUUAUCUGAACGGCAAGGACGUGGAUGGCAGUCACAUCGUCGUGGAGUUCACACGCAGGGGUCCCCGCAGGCAGGGCUUCGGGGGUCCGCCUGGGGGGGGUCCGCGCAUGGGGGGGAUGCGCAUCACGCAGGGGCGCUGCUACAACUGCGGCAAGGACGGCCACUGGGCGCGCGACUACCCACUGCGCCCCUUCUCUCCCCUCCGCCCGUUCUCCCUCCCUUCCCCAUCGACCGUCGCCUUUGCCGACCCGUCCCUUUCCCACCCCCCCUCCCCUCCUGUCCGUUUCUUCCCUGCCCGUUUCUUCCCUGCCCGUUUCUUCCCUGCCCAUUUCCUCCCUGCCCGUUUCCACCCUGCCAGGGGCCGCGCGGGCAGGGCUUCGGGGGGCCGCCUGGGGGUGGACCGCGCAAGGGGGGGGGAUGGGCAUCACGCAGGGGCGCUGCUACAACUGCGGCAAGGACGGCCACUGGGCGCGCGACUGCCCACUGCACCCCUUCUCCCUCCUCCGCCCUUCCCCCCUCCGUACUGUCCCCUUUCCUUAACCCAUCCCUCGCUCCCUUCCCCUCCUUCCCCAUCCUCUCUCUGCCCCCCUUCCCUUCCUCCUCUACCCCAUCAGGGGCCGCGCGGGCAGGGCUUUGGGGGUCCGCCUGGGGGGGGUCCGCGCAUGGGGGGGGGGAUGGGCGUCACGCAGGGGCGCUGCUACAACUGCGGCAAGGACGGCCACUGGGCGCGCGACUGCCGCAACGGCGAUUGGGGUGGCAAGUGCUACAGAUGUGGCGAGCGCGGACAUAUUGAGAGGGACUGCAGGAACAGCCCGGCUCAGAGUGCUACUGGUGCGGCGAGCGCGGGCACAUUGAGAGGGACUGCAGGAACAGCCCGGCUCAGAGGUAUCGGUCUCGCAGCCGCAGCCGCUCACGCAGCCCUCGUCGCGGGCGUGACCGGCGCAGCCGCAGCAACAGCAAGGACAGGGACGAGCGCAGCAAGAGCCGCAGCCGGAGCAGGAGCCGCAGCCGUAGCCGCAGCAACGACCGCGCAAAGGACCGCAGCAGGAGCAGGAGCAACGAGCGCGGCAAGGAUCGGGAGAAUGGCAAGAAGGCCGGAAGCCGCAGCCCCUCGCGCAGCCGCAGCCGCAGCAGGAGCACGAGCAAGGAGAGGAGGAACAGCCGGAGCCCUAGUGCUGAGAAGGAAGAGAAGAGCCCGAGGCGGAGCAGGAGUGCGAGUAAGGAGAGGAGCAAGAGCAGGAGUAAGAGCCCUGCCAGGAGGAGUGCUAGCCCCGUCAGGAGUGCUAGCCCUGCCAAGAGAAGUGCUAGUCCUCGUGAUGGUGGUUCGCCUAAGAGCCUCGCGAUUGAUCAUCCAAGGGACCAUAGCUUCAGUGGUUUCAUCUGGUUAG